AUAUCAAAUCAAUAAAAAUAUAUAUAUAUAUAUAUAUGUAUAUAUAUAUACAUAUACUCAUAUAUUUCAUAUAAAGUUUUUCCAUUAAAGUAAUAUAUAAAUUAUUAUUAUUACUAAAUAUAUAAUUUUAAUGCAAAUAUUUAUAAUUAUUAUUUUAAAAAAUCAAAAUUAAUAUAAAUCAAAAUAAAAAAUCAAAAUAAUUUAAAUUUACCGCUGUUACAUAUAAGAUAAGAAACAUGCACAUCUAGCAAUAUAGUACUUACUUCAAAGGUGUCAAAAUCUCUCGAGAUUUGUAACGUUUCACAUCGAGGAAUAUAAAUUACAAUUUUGUGAAAAUGGGAUUAAAGUUUGGAAAUCUUAAAAAACUAAGUGGUAUUACAUUUUUUCGCCUUAGUCCAUAUGAACAAAGAGCUUUUGCCGGAGUAGGUGAAGCUACUGGUAGAAUGAUAAAACGUCUCAGAUCAACUAUUUUAACUGCUGGACCUUUUUUCCUUUUAAGUUAUGUCAUAAUGGAAUGGGCUACUGAAGAAAACCAUAAAAUGCACCGUAAAAAUCCAAAAGACUAUGAAAAUGAUGUAUAAAUGUUAUAAACUUUAAAUUAGUACUGUUUAAUAUAAUAUAAAUGUAUGUGUAUAUGUAUAUAACAUUAAAAUGAAACUCAUUACCUCUUUAUAAAAA